UUUUUAUCUCAUUGGUUCUUACAACCUAAUUCCAUUCUCUUUUUCUUCCUUUUUCACACACACAGAAUCCAAUCAUCCAUUUUGUGAAGAAUCCCCCAUCUGGAACCAGAAAAAGCAUCUUGAAACCCCAUUUCUCUGUUUGAUUCAUUCAUUUCAUCAAAUCACAUUUGGAACAAGAAAUAGAAAUCUUGAAUCCAUUUUGUGUUUGUUGAUUCCCAUCAAAACCCCAUUUACUAACAACAAAGGAAUCUGGAAUCCAUCUGUGUUUGUUGAUUCCAUCAAAACCCCUCAUUUCAAACAAACCAAGAAAUCUUGAAUCUGUUGAUUCAGGAACAAGAAAGAAUCUCGAAUCCACUUCCAUUUGUGUUGAUUCCAUCGUUUUUUUCACUAUAAAAAUCACGAAUCAUUUCUGGGUCCAUUUUAGUUUUUCGAAUCUUUCAAGGGUUUUUCUCUUUAUCUUUCUAAGUGUGUUUGAAAGCUAUGGCUGAAGCUCCAAAAGCAGAGGAUAUCACUCAUCUUCCAACAGAUCAACUUCAGGGUUUAGAGUAUUGUAUUGACUCCAAUCCAUCUUGGGGGGAAGCCAUAGCUUUAGGGUUUCAACAUUACAUCUUGUCUUUGGGGACUGCUGUCAUGAUUCCUACUUUUCUUGUUCCUCUGAUGGGUGGUACUUCUGGUGAUAAGGUGAGGGUGGUGCAAACAUUGCUUUUUGUUCAAGGGAUUAAUACAUUUUUGCAAACACUUUUUGGAACCCGAUUGCCAGCUGUGGUUGGGGGAUCCUGGGCGUUCAUGGUUCCUAUAAUCUCGAUCAUCCAUGACCCUUCUCUCGCGUCCAUCGUUGACUCUCAUAUGAGAUUUCUUGCUACAAUGCGAGCGAUACAAGGUGCACUUAUAGUAGCAUCGAGCGUGCAGAUUAUCUUGGGGUAUAGUCAACUGUGGGCUAUUUGUUCAAGAUUCUUUAGCCCAGUUGGUAUGGUUCCGGUGAUUGCAUUGGCCGGUUUUGGUCUAUUUGACAGAGGAUUUCCGGUGGUUGGACGGUGCGUUGAAUUUGGCAUACCGAUGCUAAUUCUUUUUGUCACUUUCUCUCAGUACCUGAAACAGUUUCAGGCGAAGCAACUUCCACUAUUGGAGCGGUUUGCACUUCUUUUGACGAUAGCAGUGAUCUGGGCAUACGCACACCUAUUGACCGCCAGUGGUGCGUAUAAACAUCAUUCGGAACAGACCCAAAUGCACUGCAGAACCGAUAAAGCCGAUCUCAUAUCUUCUGCACCAUGGAUAAAGAUCCCUUAUCCACUUCAAUGGGGUGCACCAACAUUUGAAAUGGGGCAUGCUUUCGGGAUGAUGGCUGCUGUUCUAGUUUCGCUCGUUGAGUCAACAGGUGCAUAUAAGGCAGCAGCCCGUCUAGCCAGCGCUACGCCGCCGCCUGCUCAUGUUCUCAGCCGCGGCAUUGGGUGGCAGGGCAUCGGGAUUCUCUUGAGCGGCCUCUUUGGAACAGCAACCGGUUCAACGGUUUCUGUAGAAAACGUCGGUCUUCUGGGAAGCACUCGUGUCGGUAGCCGAAGAGUGAUUCAAAUCUCGGCUGGUUUCAUGAUCUUCUUCUCGAUUUUAGGGAAAUUUGGAGCUUUAUUCGCGUCGAUACCUUUCCCGAUCUUUGCUGCAGUAUACUGCGUGCUAUUUGGUCUUGUCGCUUCCGUGGGGUUGUCAUUCUUGCAGUUCACGAAUAUGAACUCGAUGAGAAACUUGUUCAUAGUGGGCGUGUCGUUCUUCCUCGGCUUGUCUAUUCCGGAGUACUUUAGGGAGUACACGGCCGGUGCCCUUCAUGGUCCAUCACAUACAAAAGCCGAAUGGUUCAAUGAUUUCCUCAACACCAUCUUCUUCUCAUCACCGACGGUGGCGUUGAUGGUGUCGGUGUUUCUUGACAACACGCUCGAGUUCAAAGAUAGUGCGAAGGACCGUGGGAUGCCGUGGUGGGCGAAGUUUAGAGCGUUCAAAGGUGAUAGUCGAAACGAGGAGUUUUACACCCUCCCGUUCAAUCUUAACCGGUUUUUUCCACCAUCUUAAGGUUUUCCAAGUCUUAACGGUCGUGGCGGUCGCGGUGGCAAGGGUAGUUUCGUCAUUUUCACAUGAUUGAGAUUGUGCUGAUCACAAUCCUUUUGGUAGGAGAGGGGGAGUGGGAGGGGUAGAAGUGUAUGAUGUGUUGUUUUUUCAUGAGAGCAUGAUAGCUUUGUUGUUGUUCUAAAUUUCAUGUAAAUUUUGUCUCAAAUUAUUCAAAUUAAUUUA